ACCAAUUUCAAUAUUAUCAAUAUUACUAAACUCAUUCAUUCAAUACCAAACCUAAUGCCCUAAGCUAUUGACUGAAAUUUCCAAUAAACUAAAUAUGUACUCGUACUUGAUAAGCGGAUAUCUACUGAAUAGAUUUAAAAGCCUAUGAUAACAGAAAUCAGUCGAUAUCACAACGUACAAGCCACUCAGACGGUGAAGUGUUUUUUUCGUGUUGCGGAACAAAAGUCAAAAUGAAUUGUCGAUAUUACACCGAGCAGACUUUGGGGUGGAUGUUGAACAACAAAUUGAUAGUGUUUCUCAGUCUUCUUUGUUUCUGCCUGUUUGUAUCAACUUUGGCGUUAUCAGGACAGAAAGGAAGACUACAGGAUGAGGUAGACGAAUUAAAAGCCGCGACGACAACAGAAGCACCUACCAGUACUACAGAAGCUCCCACAAAUCCUGACGAGACGACCACUGAGACGAAUCCUAAUGGGACAAAUCCUGAUGGAUCAAAUCCUGAUGGAACGGAGACAAAUUCUGAUGAAACUGCCCCAGAAACGAACCCAGAGAAUGGAACUGAAACUGAGACAAAUACUGGCGAAAAUAAUACAGACAACAAUGGUUCCGAGGGCGAGAAUAUUGUACCAGCAGAAUCUGAAGCAGUAGAAUCUACGAAUGAAGAAAAUGUAAACACGUCAGAAAACUUUAAGGAUAUUGUGAAAGGGAGUAAAUUACUAUCUUUGAUAGCAGCGUAAGAAAGUGAAUAUUUGUGUCAGUGUAAUAAAUCAAGUUUUUUAUUUUUGAAUUUAAUGCCAAUGCAACGCUAUUUUUUAUCAAAACAGACAUUCGAGUUUUAUAUUCGAGGGUACAGACGAUAAUUUCAAAUUAUAGUUUGUUUAUGUUUUCUAAAAAACAUUUAAAAAAAAACCGGCCAAGUGCGAGUCGGACUCGCGCACGAAGGGUUUUGUACCAUUACGGAAAAAAACAGCAAAAAAAAUCACGUUUGUUGUAUGGGAGCCCCAUUCAAAUAUUUAUAUUAUUCUGUUUUUAGUAUUUGUUGUUAUAGCGGAAACAGAAAUACAUCAUCUGUGAAAAUUUCAACUGUCUAGCUAUCACGGUUCAUGAGAUACAGCCUGGUGACAGACAGACGGACAGACGGACGGACAGACGGACAGCGGAGUCUUAGUAAUAGGGUCCCGUUUUUAUCCUUUGGGUACGGAACGCUAACAAAUCUGGCAAAGUGAUCUUGUCAGUGGAAAAACGCGGCAAAAAAGUUUAGGCGCGGAGAGUUGACUACUCGUCGAAAAAAUGAAUUUCGCGCAUUUUUCUACUUACAA